AUGCAAAAAUUCCGUUCCAACCAAACAUUUAAUUACAAAUACGCUAGUACUCUGUUAAAAAGAAAUAUUAUUACCAAAAGAUUAUUCUGUAAUCUGACUACUUCCACUUCAACUGCAAAUCCAACGUCAAUUUCCACAUCAACCUCUUUAGUCUCUAAUUCAAAUUUAUUCUAUUCUACUCAAAAAAACUCUUACUCUUUAGCCAUAAAGAGAUUCUAUACUUCGUCUACGGAUUCUUCAAAUAAUAUUCUUACACCAUUAACUACCACUAAUAAUACUAAAAAUAUUAGAAGAAAUGAUAAAAAUCCCACUGUGACAUCUGCUUCAUUUUCUUCUUUACCAACAAAGGAAAUCGCUACAACAACUUUGAAAAAUAUUGAUACUGCUCAUCAAACUGGGAAAAUCCAAAAUGUUGAUUUCCCAUUCAAUUCAACCAUUUCAAAUCCAUUUGAAAAUAUUCUCAUGGAUUUAGAUGGUACGACGACUCUCAAACCUACUCAGACUACAAAUCCUUAUCAAUCUCUAUCUACUCCCAAGAUUGAUUUAGCCUCUUCUACUUCAACUACCCCCUCAUCUACCAUCUCCAAGAGUGCCAAUGCCUCCCUCGAAUUAUCCAAUGAUACAAUUGUCAAUGAAAAAAAUACCUCUGCUACCCCUACCUCUACCACUAAGACAAGCAUAACCAAGGAUAAUUACAACAAGGGGAACAUUGAAUUCGAUAAUGAAAAAGAUUGGGAAAAUUUCCAAUUCGAACAACCGAAUUCGACCACAUACUUAAGAACUCUCUCUAAGAUGGAAUUAUUUUCCCUAACAUGUAUCAGUCUAGUCACAAUAAACAAACUAAUUUUAAACAUUGUCAUCAAACUAUUCCCCAUCAUACCUACCCCUUUGAUCCAAUUAUUUGUCUCUAAAUUGUACUGUUGGUGGGUACUUACCCCUAAGGAAGUGUUGAAAUGUGGUAAAAACUUACAAAAAAGAGGUAUUUCCAACAUGAUGCUUUCCUUAACUAUUGAAAAUUCAGAAGGUGAUAAGAACAUUGACACGGAUAUGAUCAUCAAUGAAACUAUUGAAUCCAUUCAUACCAUAUUGAAACCUAAUUUGAUUAAACAAUUGGAAGAUCCUGCUUUGACUAACGUGAAUGAUGUUGCUCCUGGUUAUAUUGCUUUGAAACCAUCUGCUUUAAUUGAGAGGCCCAACGAAGUGUUAAUGAAUUUCAAUAAUAUUGGAGAUGAAUAUUGGAGAGCACAACGUGAGAAGUUGAUUGAUAGUUGUUGUAAGAUUAAUCAAAUUAUUUUCGAUUUGAAUGAAGAGUUGUUACAAAGGUAUCCUGAAAGAAAGGCACCAUUUUUCGUUUGUACUAUUGAUGCUGAGAAGUUUGAAUUACAAACUAAGGGUGUUUAUGAUUUACAACGGAUAUUGAUGAAGAAGUUCAAUACUGUGGAGUCCAAAUUAAUCUCCUGUGUUGGGACUUGGCAACUAUAUUUAAGACAUUCAAGGAAAGAAAUUGAUAAAGAAGUGGAAUUGGCUAAGAGUGGUGGUUAUAGAUUGGGUUUGAAACUUGUUAGAGGUGCAUAUAUGCAUUCUGAACCAAACAGAAAGAGUGUUAUUCACGAAACUAAAUUUGAUACUGAUGUCAAUUACGAUCAAAUUAUGAUUAAUAUCAUUAAAGAUAUGAAAAUAGAAGGUGAAAAUUCUGUUUAUGGUCAUUUAAUGGUUGCAUCCCAUAAUUAUAAAUCACAGAUGAUUGCAACGCAAUUAUUAUUCAAGAAUAAAUAUGCAAAUGAUAUUGAAUACGCAAAGAGUAACGUUGUAUUGGGACAAUUAUUAGGUAUGGCUGAUGAUUUAACUUAUGAUUUAAUCCAUCAUCAUGGUGCCACCAAUAUUGUUAAAUAUGUCCCAUGGGGUCCACCACGUGAAACGAAGGAUUAUCUUUUGAGAAGGUUACAAGAAAAUGGUGACGCAGUAAGAAACGAUAAUGGCUGGCCAUUGCUUAAGAAUAUCCUCAAGUCUUUAUUCUUCAAGAAUUGA